UCAAUUGAGGUUUGCCCUUAUUGAAUUGUAAGUGCCUUUAUUCGCGAGAUAUCUCAGUCGACUGCAAACCCUAUUUCCGACGAACUUCUCAAUCGCCGCCUCAUCCUAAUCGCUGAGAUGUCUGGAUAUUCAACGAAAGGAGCUGCUCCUACGAAUGGAUCAGUCUACGUUUCGAAUCUUCCACUAGGAACCGAUGAGAACAUGUUGGCUGAGUAUUUUGGAACCAUUGGGUUACUAAAGAGGGACAAACGAACUGGUACUCCCAAGGUGUGGCUGUACCGAGACAAAGAGACUGAUGAGCCGAAAGGAGAUGCUACUGUUACCUAUGAGGACCCGCACGCUGCUUUGGCUGCUGUUGAGUGGUUCAAUAACAAAGAUUUCCAUGGAAGCGUUAUUGGAGUUUUUAUGGCGGAGUCGAAGAACAAAGGUGGAGAAGAUUAUCCGAGUGAGUCUCUUGGAUUCGAUGGAGGUGCUGCUAGUAAGGAAAUAGAUGGAGGUGCUGGAAGGGGGAGAGGUCAAGGGGAUUCUUCCGCCAAGCCGUGGCAGCAAGACGGUGACUGGAUGUGCCCAAAUACCAGUUGUACAAAUGUGAAUUUUGCGUUCCGUGGGGUUUGUAACCGCUGUGGAACUGCUAGACCGGCUGGUGCAUCUGGUGGGGGCAUGGGUGGUGGGGGCCGUGGAAGGGGUCGAGGUGGAGGUGCUGAUGCUGGGCCACCGGGGAAGGGUGCUUCUACCGGUCUUUUUGGCCCAAAUGAUUGGUCUUGUCCAAUGUGCGGGAAUGUCAACUGGGCUAAGCGUUUAAAAUGUAAUGUCUGCAACACCAAUAAACCUGGUCAGAAUGAAGGUGGUGUGAGGGGAGGUCGUGGUGGCGGCUACAAGGAAUUGGAUGAACAAGAAUUAGAGGAAACUAAGAGACGUAGGCGUGAGGCUGAAGAAGAUGAUGGUGAAAUGUAUGAUGAGUUUGGCAAUCUAAAGAAGAAGUACCGUGUUAAAACAAACCAGGCUGACACCAGGCCUGCUGUUGCUGCUGGUCGUGCUGGGUGGCAAGUCGAGGAAUUAGGUGUUGAUAGAGAUGGAAGAGAGAGAAGCAGAGACAGGCAAAGAGACCGUGGAGAUAAGCAUAUAGAUCAUCACUAUGCUAAGGAUAGACGGAGAAGCAGAAGUCGAGAGAGGGAAAGAGGAGGCAAGGAACGUGACUAUGACUAUGACCAUGAUCGGAACAGAGACCGAGACAGAGACUACAGUCGCGGAAGCAGGUGCCGUAAUUGAGAGAUAUUGGUCAAAAGUGUUAGGUUUCAUUAGUCUAUCAUAUUUUCCAAUGUUUUAUCGACUUAAUCUACAUUUCAAUUAUCUGGCUUUUUUCGUCUUCUUUUGAUUGUGUGAAAGUAAAACUCUGUUGGUGCUUCCAGUGGUAGGAUUAUGGUAUUGACA